AUGAUGUCCUACAUUAAGCAACCCCAUUACGCCGUGAACGGGUUAACGCUGUCCGGCCCGGGCAUGGAUCUGCUCCACUCCGCCGCCGUUGGAUACCCCAACACGCCACGUAAACAGCGUCGGGAGCGCACCACCUUCACACGCGCACAGCUGGAUAUCCUCGAGGCCCUGUUUGCCAAAACGCGCUAUCCAGACAUCUUCAUGAGGGAGGAGGUGGCCCUGAAGAUCAACCUGCCGGAGUCCCGAGUCCAGGUCUGGUUCAAGAACCGCCGUGCCAAGUGCCGCCAGCAGCAGCAGCAGAGCACGGGCCAGUCCAAGCCUCGGCCCCCUAAGAAGAAGGCCUCCCCGGCCCGGGACGCCAGCUCCGAGGCCAGUGCCAACCCCACCAACGGGCCCUACAGCCCCCCGCCCCCUCCUCCCGGCACCGCCAUCACCCCCAGCGCCAGCUCUGCCAGUGCCACGGUGUCCAUCUGGAGCCCCGCCUCCAUCUCCCCGCUGCCGGACCCCCUGUCCGCCUCCUCCACCCCCUGCAUGCAGCGCACCACCGCCUACCCCAUGACCUACACCCAGGCCCCCGCCUACAGCCAGAGCUACGCGGGCUCCUCCUCCUACUUCACCGGGCUGGACUGUAGCUCCUACCUGUCCCCCAUGCACCCGCAGCUGUCCGGCACCGGGGGCGCGCUGAGCCCCAUCACGGCCUCCUCCAUGGGGGGGCCCCUCAGCCAGUCCCCCGCCUCGCUGUCCUCACAGGGCUACACAGCGGCCUCGCUGGGCUUCGGAGCCGUCGAUUGUCUGGACUACAAGGACCAAGCUGCCUGGAAGCUCAAUUUCAAUGCCACUGACUGUCUGGACUACAAAGACCAGAACUCCUGGAAGUUCCAGGUCUUGUAA